AUGGCUCGCCUUUCGGGAACAGGAGAUCUGUUUGACAAAAGCCUCUAUGUGAGCACCCCCGGCCUGGGCGAGGGACAUGUACAAGUCUCAGUCUGUGUACCGAAUGGACCGUCUGCUAGUGAUGGGCCGAAGCCGCUGGUGCUGGUCAUGGAGGGUGGAGGAUUUGUUCUAGGACAGCCCAACGACGGCGAGCACGUCGUCCGGUCGCUCUCAGACACGGUCGAUGCUGUCGUCGUCUCGGUCAACUACGCCAAGUCACCACGGUACGCCUAUCCUCACGCUCUCCUACAGCUCCAGGCUGUGCUGAAAUGGGCCCUUUCACCUGAGGCAUCGGAAGCCAUCGGCAUUGCGAUUGACCCGUCUAGGGUGGCAACGAUGGGAAACUCGGCCGGUGGGAAUCUAGCAACUGCACUCUCACUCCUUCUUUCCAUCACCUCGGGGCCCUGUGACAAGUUCCGCAAAGACCUACAUGGAGAGUUCCGCCUCGUAGGCCAAGUCUUGCUAUAUCCAAGCACUGCGUGCAACAUACCAUACCAGGUGCGCUUUAAUGCCUGCGCGUCUGAGGUCCAAGCCAAGAGUUUACCCAUCUGGGCAGCGGGUUUAAUGGAAGCGUCCUAUCUGCCACCGUAUGUCGACAGGGACAGCAUCUUCUGCGCACCCUUGAACGCGAGUGUUGCAUUCUUGAAAAGCCUCCGUUCUGUGCCACCGGCUCUCAUCAUUACUGCCGGAAUGGACUGUCUUAAAGUGGAGGCAAGAGAGUACGCAGCCAAGCUGAGGCAGGCGGGCAUUGUGGUGGCCGAGUAUGAAUAUCCGGAUGCGGUUCAUGGCUUCAGCCACUACAAAGAAGGCUCCAAGGGGUAUCACAGGGAGGACGUCGAGGGUUGCUGGGACCAUGUCACGCAGUUUCUCAAAGACAGAUUUCGGCUCGUAAGGUAA